CCUAACUCAGUGGGUACACCCAUGAACCGUUGAAAUAUAGACUUGUGUUCGAAUCCAAAUCGUGAUGGAACUUGAGUAGAACCAACUACUGACUAAUGAAUUGCUUGGGCUGGUCAGCUCAAUGAUAUUGUUUUUUUUUUUUUUCGGGAAGCCGUCGCCCUUUCGGAAAGAAAAAAAAAAGAAAUAAAAAAAUGCCGUUUGCUCCCGUUCCGUUCCGUUCCGUUCCGUUUGGCUGAUUAGCCAUCAGUAAUCCAGGUAGGGUGCUUGGUCUGCGCUCCUCGCUAAGGAAAAGGAGGAGAGGACUUUCUCGGAGAUAUUGGGAGCACGCUAGAUGCGUGCUGUGAGACUGGCAUUUUGCUCCUCUGCUGGCACAUCUUCGCUAAUCUUCCCUCCCUCUUCUUCCCUCCCUCUUCUUUUCCCUCCCUCUCCUUUGCUCCCUAUUCUUUUCCCUUCCUGUCCUUCCUUCCCUCUUCCUUGCACCCUGCCUGCGGGAAGAUGGCUGCAAAGACGCUCGCGCCCUCGUCUUUCAGGGGCCUGCAGGAUGAACUCAAGACAUCAGAAGAAGUGCACAAGAAGGGAGAACGAGAGAUGCGACAUACUGUUGGGGUCGGGUGGCAUAAUUGCCCUGCAACCAAUUCGUAUAAGGCUACAACCAAGGUUUGGUCAGUCCUCAUCAGGGGCAUCAUCAGCCUACCAAUUGGUGCAUUGGUCAUUGGUGUCGCAGCCAUUCUAUUUGGGGCUCCAGUGUCCAUCGACUCUCUGUGGAAGACAGCCACCUGGAGUAUCUUCAUGUCGACGCUGAUAGUAUUGCCGACAGCGUGCUGCAAGGGAGCUUCCUGGGAUGACUGGAUUAGACUGUUUGCUCAAACGAGGCCUUUGGGAGCUGUGGAGAUAUUGCUGUGUAUUCCUGCUCAUGGUGCUGCAAUCGGGGCAUGGAUUGGAGCAUGGCCAAUGCCCUUAGACUGGGCCCAACCUUGGCAGGAAUGGCCAAUUUGCUGCACAUACGGGUCAGUUGCGGGUUAUCUGGUUGGACUUCUGCUUGCGUUAGGUUUUAUUGUGAUGCGGAAGCCUGAGCAGUUCUGGCACCUGAAGAAGCUGUGAUUCAAACGACUUGAAUUUGACAGGCGUUGUCGGCGAUUCAGCAGCUGGCAUGGCCGUUCAUUUCGAUUUCCCCCCUUCGUUUGUUCAAUCUGCAAUUCAUUUAAUGAAAUUUAUUCAAUUUUUUUCAGUUUAUGCAGCCCCUAUUCAUGAACUGAAAUGAUAGAAGCGGCAAGCCCAAAUUUUGUUUGAAAGCUCAAUGGGUGCGAGCAGUUGGUUGUGAUGAGGAGGGUAAUUAUAGUAGCAAAACUAUUGAUUCCCGUUAUCACCACCGUGGCCGUGCAAGGGGUGUUUACAGUAACAAACGGUACACAGAUGA